CUUGAAAUAAAUUUGAUUGGUUGCCCCUGCCUGGUUUGGAAUCUGGUCACUGCAUGCCAGUCCAAUUUCCCUUUGCCCCUGCGUGUCUUCCAGUUCUCCCAUGUUGGCGUGAUGGAACAUGCUACUUUGUAUUUCUGCAGCCUUCAUCGUCCGUCGCACAAUCAGCAGGGUAUCUUUCCAAUGGGUUUGGUUUCAGUCAUCAACACUGGACCUGAACGCCAGGAGGGGGAGGGGUCCCAGCUCAACCCUGUUCCGGCCUCGUUGUUUUAAUUCACAAAACCGUGGAUCCAUUCGUCUUUUCCAAGUUCCCGCGCAUUUUUUUUUUCCUCUGAACAAUCUUGACACUUCUUGAUCUACGGUAGACUUAGUCUACUAACCACAUUAUAGAAUUUCCGAUUUACCACCGAGGAGUAUCUGUGAAUAUCGAUUUCCCACCAAUUUUUUUUCUUUUGAGCAACCUCGAGUCGGUUGCCGGAUCUCAGUCUAGAUCAUUUACGUAAACAAUAGAAAUGCGCGCACAAGGAAAAUAUAUACAGCCCUUUUAUGUCUUCUGAGCCGUUGGCAAAGUGAAGGAGCUCCAUGGAUGACUACAAAUCACUGGAAUGCAUUCUCCUCGCAGAUUCGAUCGGUAUAUGUGAGGUUGGAUAUA